CUCCUUUUCCUCCUCCUCUUCCUCCUCCUAUUCCUCCUCCUGCUCCUCCACUUUUUACAACCGGGCAGCCGGGCACCGACCAGCCGACCGGUGGGGCGACUUACCUGGCGGGGAAAAACGUGCCAACAUGCCCGCAGAGCGGCUCCAGCCGGACCCGGGGUCGGUGGCUCCACUUCUGGGGGGAUUUACGCGCACGAGCGGCCGGAGACUUCCGGUGGACCCGAAGCGCAGAGGGCUGUGAGCGGGAGUCCGUCGGGAAAACUGGGAAAAAAACUUCCCACGGGGAGCAGAUUUGUGAUUUCGCUUAGAGGGCCAUGGCGCGGUGGAGGGGGCCACCCCGCCGCGCGCCGUGACGCGCCCGGGAGCGCGCGACCACGAGCCCGGAGAGUCCGGAUCAAAUCUCACUCCUUCUUAGAAAAGAAAUCUUCUUCUCGGUGGAUUUUGGCUCGCGCGUGGCUUUUCAUCUCGGGAGAUGUCUCCCGCCGCUGGUCUCCGUCCUGCUCCGGGUCGGACCGGGGUGGAGGAGGCGCAGUGAGGAUCCGGAUCGUCUGAGACUCCGUGGUUCCGUCAUGCAGCUCCUCCGGCCGGCCUGGGCUGUGGCCGCCGCCGCGCUCGGCUCCCUGCUGCUCCUGCUCCUCCACAGCCACAGCCAGAGAGAAGGUCAGCUGGCGGCGGGGACCUGUGAGAUCGUCACUCUGGACCGAGACGGCAGCCGGCCGAGGAGGACCGUCGCCCGCCAGACGGCGCGCUGCGCCUGCAGGGCGGGGCAGAGCGCCGGCACCACACGGGCCGGGCCGGCCUGCGUCGACGUUCACAUCGUGUGGACUCGACAGUGGUGUGAGAUGUCUCCGUGUCUGGAGGAUGAAGGUUGUGACCUCGUGGUCGGUCAGUCGGGUUGGACCUGCACGCAGCCGGGAGGCCGAAUCAAGACCACCACGGUCUCCUGACAGACACUCUCCAGAGAACGGCCAGUUCCCAUCGGCCACCGGCCGUCACGCCAAGCGGAGCAUCCGCCGCCGCCGUACCGACCGUCAGCGCAGAGGGGCGGCGUCACUUCCUGCCUCGCGCUCAUGAGGCGACCUGAGGAGAAAUAGACUUUUCUGCAAAGAAAAUGUUUAUUAUUUUCAAAAAGAUUUGGAAGAAUGAAAAAAAAGUGGA